UUAUUGUCCCUCCUGCCAAGCACGCCCCGUGAGUUUUUCCCUUAUACGCUGCACCCAUAUUUCUCUCUCCUCCGUUGAAGCGUGCUCUGAAUUCUCCAUUAAAGCGGCGACUGAGCUUUCUCUCCUCCAUUGAAGCGGCGCCUGAGGAUUUUCUUUAUAACCCUUUAAUGUUAAGACGGAACUAUGAAAUGGACCUUUUCUCCUCGGGCCUAGGCGGCUGCCCUUCUUGCCCCGGGUCGGGGCGGAUUUGGCUGCUAUGGGUUCUGAGUACGUAUUAAUGGAGUAAAGAAGUGAACUAUAUUUGGCUGUUUCAAUUCUGCUGAGUGGUUGGUGGACAUUGUCAAAACAACUUAACCGUGAUUCACUGAUGGUUUCAAGCUAGCUAUCCUUUUAACAAACAUGGUAGUUCUAUCUUUUAAGGGUCCAUUAUACUUCUAUAGUAUUUAGAUGUUUUGUUUACUAAUAUGCUUACUUGUCUUCACCGGAUGACUCAAUUUUUUUUUCGUCCUUGCAGUAGAGAUAACUCCUUAUAAAUUGAGAGUCUUUUGCAAUAAGGGGAUGAUUCUAUUAAUCUACAAUUGCAGUGCAAUUCCAAAAGAUUGCAGUGUAAUUCGAAAGUAUGAUGUGUGUUAUCGUACUGUCUUUGCGUGGACUGCACGUGUAUUCAGUACAUGGUUGUCUUUGUAGAUUUUGGAAAUACAAGGAAAUACAGGGACUUCUUUACCCAUACUGCGAGUCUUUCCCAACGGAAAUUUUAUGGUCAAAAUUUCCAAAUUUUUUGAUAUUUGCUAAGCCGUUUGAGUUUAUGUGAGUUGGGGUAUCUCUUCUAGAUGCCUGGGCCAAAAUGUUUAACUGUCCUGAAUUUUUGUCCGUCUUUCCACCUUCCAAAUUAUUGAAAUAAAGGGAACUAAUGGAAAGCAAGAAUAAUAAAUGAUAGAUAAAAUGCAUUUAUUCACAUGUCUAAUUAUUUUUUCAUGCAUGAAUGAUGCUUCUUUUCUAGGUGAUCAUUGGAAAUCCUAUCUAAUUGUUGUCUGUGAGAGUUUGCACAAUGUCUGCUGGACCUGGACUCGAGCCUCUUGUAGAUCAAAUGAUCUCAGUCAUUACCAAUGAUGGACGCAACAUAGUGGGAAUCCUAAAAGGUUUUGACCAGGCAACAAAUAUUAUUCUUGAUGAAUCGCAUGAGAGGGUUUUUUCUACCAAGGAAGGAGUCCAACAAAUUGUAUUGGGUUUGUACAUCAUCAGGGGUGACAACAUAAGCAUUAUUGGUGAGCUGGAUGAAGACUUAGAUGCUCAUAUUGAGCUAUCACAAGUGAGGGGCCAUCCUCUGAAGCCUGUCAUUCACUGAUCAGCAGAUUGCAUGUUUCUGUAGGCUGCAUGGAAAAUAUCGAUUAAUUCACAGAACUUGUGAUGGAGAAUUUAAAAACCUGUUUCAGGAGUGGUAAAAAAUUGGUAUAGCAUAUGAGCUCAGUGCAGAAAGAGGAGCAUUCUGGAAGACUGAACUUUGAUAUGAAUCAGGGUUUAAUUUCUUUUUUCGUCAUUAAUUUUUCGUUCAGAACAAGUCCAAAGUUCUCUGAGUAGAAGUUUGAUGAUAUAUCAUCUUUGUACCCAAGUAGAUUUUUUCCCAUGUAAGACGGUAGGAGUUGUUUGGAUUUGAUUACUGAACGCUAGCUGAUUCAGAAUGAAGUUGAGCUUGUUCUUGUUUUCCAGCCUGAACAAUGAGACCUCUUAUGCUUUAGAUCGUCUCUCUGUGCUAUUUUCCAGGUUCAGUGAAUUAAACACUUCCGAUUUUUAACA